AUCCGUCUUACUUCAGUCCCUCCCGUUCCCGUAUAGAACAUAAUGAAGCUCUUGCUAUUGUUACUCGUGCUACAAGUGCUGCUGGGGGUCACGCUAACAGCCUCCGUGGAUCGGCAACGCAGACAUUUAUUUGGCAACAAAGUAAGGCUUUUCCCCUCCUUAGGAUACCUUCCUCCUAACAAGCACAAAUGUGAGCCCUCCACUGUCUACCAAACACAGACUCAGUACUCCACUCAGGUGGUUCCCUCCACCGUCUACAACACCAAAAUACAGCUCAUCACCAAUACGGAAUACAAGACCCAGCAGGUGCACACCACCAUCUAUUCUGAGGUCGUUCGCACAGAAGUUGUUCCCUCACUCGUCUACCAGACAGCGACUGUGACCCGCACGGAGGACAGGGUGCGCACCCAGGUCGUCACUCUCCCUCCUCAGGUCAACUACGUCACACGCACACAAGAGGUCGUCCGCACCCAAGUCCAGUACCAGACCAGGUAUUCCACCCGCAUCCAGCAGGUGCCCACCACCAUCACCAGGAACGUGGUGUCCACUCAGGUGGUGCCCCAGCAGGUUUACAGCACCGUCUACCAGACCCAGACGGUCACCAGGACCCAGCAGCUUCCGGGACAGACCCGCACCGUGCAGAGCACCCAGUACAGCACCGUCUACUCCACCACGGUCAUUCCCGCCCCCGAUGUGGUGCGCUCCACCACCGUGUACAGGACCAACGUUGUCACCCGAACCGUCACCCAGCCAGGACAGACACGAGUCGUCACCAGCACCCAGGUGGUGCCUGUCACUACCACCAUCGUCUCUGAAGUUGUGCUCACCAACACACAGACCCGGUACGUCACCCGCACACAGGUGCAGCAGCAGACCACCACCGUGUACCGCACGCAGCAGGUGCCCCAGUACGUCACCAGGACGGUGACGGUGCCCCAGCAGGUGGUCAGCACUCAGGUGUCAACACGGGUGGUGCCCACAACCAUCUACACUCAGCAGACUAUCCAGACCACUGUCUACCAGCCAGCCCAGACCCAGUUCGUGACUGUCACCCGCACUGCCGUCAACACCCAACAGCUGCCCGGCAGGACCCGCACCCAGUUCGUCACCAACACCGUCUACAACACCAACUACGUCACCUCCACCACUUUCAGACCAGUGUUCAACACCAUCACUGCUACUCGUACACUGAAACCUUACUGUAAAACAGGCUACAACUACGAUGCUCCGGCCAAGCCUUUUAAUCCAUAUGGCCGCUGACCAAUGCUGAGGGAUGCUUCUGAACCACCCUCGCGUAUGGAAAGCAAAGGCACUUUUUGGCUCUGCUAGAGAUUACUCUUCCUAUAAAUGCUGUACGCUGAACG